AUGGAAACCUCGUUAAGCACCUGCCUUUGGUCCCCCACGUUCCUGCUGAACUUUCUGAGCUUGUGGAACUGGAUAUGCAAAAAAUGGUUCCCCCACUUCAUGCAGAGGUUCACCGUGAUCUACAAAGAGCAGAUGGCAAGCAAGAAGCGGGAGCUCUUCGGCAACCUGCAGGACUUUGUGGGCCCCUCUGGGAAGCUGUCCCUGCUGGAGGUGGGCUGCGGCACUGGGGCCAACUUCAAGUUCUACCCGCCUGGAUGCCGGGUGACUUGGGUUGACCCCAACCCCAACUUUGAGAAGUUCUUGAUCAAGAGCGUUGUGGAGAACCAACACCUGCAGUUGGAGUGCUUCAUGGUGGCCUCAGGGAAGAACAUGCCACAGGUGGCCGAUGGCUCUGUGGACGUGGUGGUCUGCAUCCUGGUCCUGUGCUCCGUGGAGAGCCAGGAGCGCCUCCUCCAGGAGGUGCAUCAAGUGCUGAGGCCAAUGGGAGAGACCCAUCUUCACUACGUGCUCAGUGGGACACCUCUGGGCUUCAGGCACAGCUCCCACGAGGGGUGA